AGCGAAUAUUUCCACGUUUUGAAUUACCCAGCUACGUUGUAAUCGGUUGUGACUGGGUCAAAUUAGCGAGUCCUCUGCUACUGUAGUGAACGAUCGUGAACAAUCGUGAACAUCGUGAAUAAUUGGACUGAUUUGCCAGUACUUCGUGCCAGUAACUACCUCUUCGCGUUUAGAUGUCGUACCUAUGUUUCACGUUUCUCUAUUCCAGUUUCACCCCUCUGGUUAUCGCUGUGCCUAGGGGCCCCAAGUGUGCCUAGUGCUGCCUAGUGACAAGAUGGCCGAGAUGGCUAACGUGGUCUAGGUUGGUUCGCGAACGAAGUGUGAAUGAACAUACACUAGUCUCUCCGAAAUACUGUAUUAACUCCCUCAUAACCAACUUCUUAUCAGUUGUGGUGGUGACGACGUAGCGUGAAUAAAAAUUAUAACAACAGAUAUAAAUUCUCCAUGGAUAAGAACGGAGCGUUGUUACAAGACAUUCAAAAUUUCACUAACUGCAGUAAAUUUAAUUUUGUAUCGAUUAAGGAAGAACCCCCGGAAGAUAUCUGCAGUGAAUCCGAUCUAACACAUUUUGAGAACUCAGAAAUAAAAUUUCAAGUACAUUCAGAAGACGGUCAGCAAAUAUGCAGUAUGAGACCAUUGGAUAUCUUGAAAGAAGAAUCAGAAGAGGAUCUUAGUGACAAAGUGAAAAAUGAAGUGGAUGAAACUUUCGAAAUCCAAGGUGAUGUGCCAAUAAAAAGUGAACCACCUGAAGAGCUCACAGUAGAGUUGAACCCAGAUCAAGUACAGGAUUCUGUAAAAAGUGUUUCUCCAAAACAUGAAACAUCGGACCAGCAGCACGGGGAAUUCUUCUGCCAGUUAUGUAACAAGAAAUUUAGUCGAAAGUGUGGCCUGGUAUCACACAUGCUUAUUCAUGAAGGAGUCAAGCCUUUCAAGUGUGAGGUGUGCCAAAAGGCGUUUAUCCACAACUAUCAAUUGACAAAGCAUGCACGGAUUCACAGUGGUGAACGACGUUAUAGUUGUGACAUCUGUGGGAAACGUUUCCUGCACAAUGAUGUGGCCAGACACAAGCGUGUUCAUCACUAUGACAGAGAACUGCAAACAGAACAGAAACCAUAUGGCUGUCCCUAUUGUGGCCGUUCCUUCGCUCAGAGCUCUGCACUGCAUAGUCAUCAGAAGAUGCAUCUUGGAGUGAAAGACCAGGUGUGCCAUUUGUGCGGGAAAGCCUUCACAGAACACAGUGGGUUGGUUCGACAUUAUAAGACACACUCUGGGAUGAAAGAUCUGUUGUGUGCAGAGUGUGGAAAGCAGUUCUCGAAUAAGACAUGUCUAAGGAUUCACAGCCGUGUACAUACGCAUGAACGUCCCUAUAAAUGCAGAGAAUGUAACAAAACCUUUUCACAGAACUCUGCAUUGUACUACCACAAGAGAAUUCACACAGGACUGAAACCGUUUGAGUGUAAUGUCUGUCAUCGCACAUUCCACGUGAAACAUAACCUCAAGACUCAUAUGGUGCGGCAUGUUGGGGACAGAAAGUUCAGGUGCAGACUUUGUCCAAAGGCUUUUGCCCUUGCUCAGGUGUGUGCCCGGCAUGAGAAGACCCACAAGAAAGAUCGCACAGAGUUCUGCGAAAUAUGUGGGAAAGGGUUCCCAGAUCAGUAUAAACUUAAACUUCAUAUGAAAAGGCGAUGCUGCCUCAGAUAAAUAUGAAUACCUUAGAAGCAGACAACUUGAUUAUGGAAACAUUGUCACAAGAUUAUCCUGAUGUGAGAGCUCAGUUACUUCAAAGACUAAAUAAGAGGCUUUCACACCAACCGUUCACUCUGAACCAUGGGACACAUUAUGGUGUAAACUAUGAGCGAGAUAUCACAAUUUAUGAAUGUAAAUUUGAAAAAAAGUUGUCUAUGACAACAAGACCGAAUUUUGAAGUAGAAAGGAUGUCUCAGAAUUAAUGUUGGCCAGUGAUUGACAAAGCCUUGGAAUUCAGGUGCUACCAGAAUUUAGGUGUGUAUGAGGAAAACCAUGUAAACACCAAUGUAAAGAUGAAAAUGACAAUGAUGCAGUGAGAGUUUUAAAACAAAAGUUACCCUCAUUUUAUGUAUAACUCGGAGAUGGCACUAAGGCUCCAGGUAGUACCAUUCAUAGUGUACAAGAUCACUUGGCUGACAGAUCUUUUAUAACAGGAGAAAUCUGAUAUAAAAUAACAAGAAUCGUACUUUGUGUCAUACAUUUUACCUGAUUCAGAACAUCUUAAUGCAUAAAUGAUGGAUAUUCUUUUUCAACUGCGUGUUACUGUAGCUUGGUGGGAAUAAUGAUUUCUCAUCCAAAAAUAUUAUGAAUUGUGCUGAGUACAGUAUUGUGGUGUAUAGACCCGUUGCUAAGCAGUAACUCUGUAAACAGCAGACGUUGCUAGAUAAUGCCCACAGCAUACAUGCAUUCAACAAUAGAAGAUGGUGUUUUCUGUAUGGUCCACACCAUGACUGUUGCUAUGCAACAGUGUGGUAAUCACGCCUCUACAACAAUAGAGGGGCUGUUUCUGCGUGUCCAUUCUGAGAAGUUGUCUUGAAGACAACUGAUGCUACAGCUCAAUUGAGUGAUGUGAGGUGAAGUAGCUGCUUUAUGAGUGAGAGAGUGCAGCUGUCAGUUUAAGUCAGCGUGUGAAGAGAAGGCUAGAAGGUUGGUGUGAAAUUGCUGCCAGCCUGGGACCCAGUUCAGUUGACAGUUAACAGGAGUCCUGUAUGGGACUUGAAGACAGAAGGACAGGAAUAACCAUCAUUAAUGUCUGUUACCAAGAAAUGGUUAAUGAAGACUGUAAGAGACUGAGAAGACACAGUGUGUCAUAUAGUGAUUUGUGAAGUGUAGUAGUGAGUUAUACUACAAGUGUGCAAUAAAUCAGGUCAUCAGUCAGAACCCAUCUCUAGUCACACACUAAUACACGUGACAGUAUCAUAGAGCAUGAUCCCACAGGCAUGUAGAAAUUGCCUAGUAACUGAAAUGGUAGUGUAAAAUACCAGCACUGUAAAACCCUGAAUGUAGCAGUAUUGCAGGGUUAUAUAACUAUGUUAUUCUUGAGAUUCAUGAAACUCCAGUUUCCUACAGUAUUAAAUCAGUUGUGAAGCUAAGUCUCUCAACCCUCAAUGUAUAGUGGAAUUUGGGUACAACUUUACCGCCUGGUAAACUAAAUGGCAUCUAAAACUAACUUAAUUUGCCUAAAUUCAAAAGAAAGAAUAAAUUGCUUGGUUUGUAUAGCAGCAGGCUACAGUCUGGAUGACCAAAUUUCAGUUCCUAGCAUGAGCAAUAGAUUCUUCUCUUCUG